AUGCCUCGUAUGAACACCUACCGCGAGCCCAAACCCCCACCGCACCGUUCCCGCAGCCACCAAAGAAGCCAAAGCCAAAGCGAAAACAGCAGUCCCCUCCCACGCAAUGAAUCGGACUACGACGUACCCGCCCCGGAACCGAAGAAACAUCUCAGCAGUUUAGAAGGGCACCUCGUCGCAGCGAGUGGAGAGUUUGUUGGCACAUUCAUGUUUCUCUACUUUGCUUUUGCCGGUCAGCUCAUGAUCAUCAACCAAGCAAGUGACCGGUCGAUUCUGAAUGGGUUUGCUAGCAGUCAGCAGAACAUCUUCAUUGCUUUGGUGUAUGGCUUUAGUUUGCUGGUUACCGUCGGCAUGGUAGUUGCCGGUCAACUUCCCUUCAUACGAUCCCUCUUUCUCGUUCCCGCUCAGCUACUCGCAUGCAUGUGCGCGGGUGGAAUCGUCCAGGCCAUGUUUCCUGGAGACAUUAGCGCUGUCAAUACCUCGCUCUCCCAGGACACUUCUAUUGCACAGGGAGUGUUCAUCGAAAUGUUCAUGACCGCCGAGCUCGUCUUUGUCGUACUCAUGCUGGCUGCUGAGAAGAGCAAAUCUACAUUCCUAGCUCCGAUUGGCAUCGGAUUGGCGCUGUUUGUAGCUAUGAUGGGCGGUGUAUACUUUACCGGCGGCUCACUCAAUCCUGCGCGUAGCUUCGGUCCAGCUGUAGCUUCAGCGUCGUUCGUCGGAUAUCACUGGAUCUACUGGGUUGGUCCAUUACUCGGUGCGCUUCUUGCUUCGGCCUACUAUCGCUUCGUUAAGCACUUCAAUUAUGAACAGGCGAACCCGGGACAGGACUCUUCGGGUGGUCACUUCUCUGCUUGA